GAACAUGAUCCUUCAGUAAAGAAUCUCCCGAGGAACAUCAUGAGACUAACACCAAGGCCACCUCCGAAAUUAGAUAGAGCUGCUCUCAUUGACUCUUUCGGAUUAAGGGAUGCCUGGAACAAGUUGAAUAUGACAGACGAAAAAUUCGAUAAACUUGCAACUAGUACUAUUGACUAUUCAUUCUUUGAUAAAGACUUCAAUGAUGAUUUGCAUAAGUACUUUAAAAAGGAACUUAAUAAGACUUACACACCUCCUACACACCAUUGGCCUUUUUGGAAAUAUUUGCAGAGCAAGAAAAACUUGAAGCGAAGGCAGACGAAGAAAGAAUAUGCAAUAUAACAUGAUAUUGGAGCGAAAACCUUUUAAAGGAAACUGUUUGAGAAAUAACAAUGAUCAAAUGGUCAAUCAAUCAAAAUGCCAUUUACUAAUAUUUUAG